UCGUGUUCUGAGCACGUCUUAUAUUCUUUGUCAUUAUGCUGUUAUUACAGUUUAAUAUUGAGAACCGGUAUAAAUGGGUUGAGUAAUUGAGGUGGAUUUCGUCUUCUGGAAUUCAUGUCGUGGCUUACUUUAGUUACAAAUCGUUCUUAAUAUGUAACAGAAUUACUAGUUAGAGUGCAUGCAGUAAAUGUUAAUGCACAUUUGAAGUUUUAAAAUAAUAAUAAUUUAGGCCUAAGUAUUCUAGGACUACAUUAUUGUGUGUGUGUUUUUUUUUUUUUUUUUGAGUAAAUAUGAAUAUAAGUAAUAUAAUUACUCUACUUUAUAGACAUUAGACAAAAUGGUUUAAUAGGCAUUAGACUUAUUAAACUGCACAGUCACCUUUUAUUUGAAAAUAACCGUUUAUCUCUUUCUUGAGUUGUCUAUAUUAUAGUCUAUCAAUAUUACAGCAUGUCAUUGAUCAAAUGGAUAACUUAACUACACUUAUCUUUCAGGGUUUUACUGUGAUUUACAGGCGAUCAUACCAAAUAGGUUACGCCUGAGCAUGAGGUAAAACGGAGCUCAUAAAAAUAUUUUUAAUUGUAGCCUUCUUGCUGUUGGGCUAUAUUAUUACUUCUUGCACUUUAAAGAUAGAAAUAAAUGUGGGUACGCAUAUAGUCAAGCUCACACUAAGAGCAUCCUGAUUCCAGGGUUUCUUUUAACCACGUCUAAUACAGAUGUUUCGUUAACUAAUGUUAUUGUUAAGAAUUCUUAUCAAAGGACCCUUCCAAUAUACAACACAAAAGGAUUAGAGUCCUCGCGUCUCAUGAAUACGGAAGGACCGAUGGUUUCGAGGGACACUGAACUUGACAGGGUUAACCCUAUCCAUCCCGAGGUGUUCUGUGGAUCAGAGCGGACUUCAAAGCCCCGCGGACGGGAGGUCAUCAAAGGGCAGCUGUCCGCUAUAAAUGCUCGGGCCCCGCGGCGUCCUUGCUUCUUCACUCUUUCGCCUGACAGGGAAGGAGAAGGAAGCUAAGAACGCCGUCUCUGCAUUUGUUACAGUGAAUGUGACAGCUGCACAUCUCACCAGGAUAAAAAACCCCGUCUUCCAUCAUGGAGAGCUUCGUUCAGGCCGCCUUCGUCUCGCUGCUCAUGUUCCUGGGAAGCGCUGGAAGCUCGCGACUGACCGCGCGCUCCAGUAAAGCGCCUCUCAGCGGGGCUCCGAGCUUCCAUCAGCCCGGCGGGGGUCAUUUCAUCUCCGACUCCAGUUUCGAAUUUAAAGGUUCCGCGUACCACCCCAGUCGAUACCCGCUGUACAUGAUGCAACUUUACAGAACCUUCAAGACCGGAGAGGCGGCGAGGACCACGGCGCCCGGUCCUGUUAGGAGCAAGGGCACUGACAACCCGGCAAUGCACGGCUCCGACUCCGUUUUGAGCCUGAUUGCAAAAAGUUGCCAUCAGGUUGGCGAGAGGUGGACCGUCACAUUCGACAUGUCCGCCAUCUCCACCGGCGACGACAUCCAGCUGUCCGAGCUGCGCUUCCGGCUGCCCGCGUUCUCCGCCACGGAGCGGGUGACGAUCGACGUGUUCCACUCGCGCACGCCGCCGUGCGCCCCCCCCGGUGCCCACGCCCCCCGCGGCCCGUCUUCCUGCCCGGAGGAGCGCCUCUUCCUCGGACGUUUCAGCGCCACCCCCCGCGCCGGCGCCUCCUCCUGGGAGGUCUUCAACGUGACGGCGCUGCUCAAGUUCUGGCUGCGCCAGGGGGAGGUGGGGCCUAGCCUGCCCGAGGAGGAGGAGCAGGGCAGCGGGGAGGAAGACGUGGACGCACGCAACGGCACGCAGAGGAGAGUGCGGCACCCGACCGCCAACCGGGUCAUGAUGGUGGUGUUCUCCAAACGCAACCCGGCCCGGGCCGGCCCCCACGCCCCCACCCUCAUCCGCACCGUGGAGCACUCCAGGCACGUGACCCGGGCCCGUGCCGGGGGGGACGGGCCGAACCGGCGCCGCAAGCGGAACCGCCACGCGGACGACCGGGUGCGCGAGGCGGGGGGCGUGGCGGACGUGGCGGGCGUGGGGGGCGUGGCGGGGGGCGUGGCAGCCGCGGCGGCCCUGCCGAACACAGCGGAAAAGCCGCUCUGCAGAAAGGUGGACAUGUGGGUGGACUUCGACCAGAUCGGCUGGAACGAGUGGAUCGUGUACCCGAAACGCUACAACGCCUUCCGCUGCGCGGGAGACUGCCCCACCCCCGUGGACGAGUCCUUCCGCCCCACGAACCACGCCUACAUGCAGAGCCUGCUGAAGCUGUACCACCCGAACCGUGUGACCUGCCCGUCCUGCGUCCCCACCCGCCUCAGCCCCCUCUCCAUGCUGUACUACGAGAGCGACGGCGUGGUCCUGCGCCACCACGAGGACAUGAUCGUGGAGGAGUGCGGCUGCCACUGACCCUUCCCAGCAUCCUUUGCCUGAGCUGACGCCUGCACUGCAAAGCCUUACUGGGGCCUCACACCACUGAUCCAGGAUCAGUUUCCCCUGUGCUAUCCUGGCCUGAUCCUCCAUCAGCACUCCUAUUCUGAGGCGCAUUGGGAAUCCAGGUCCAUGACUUCCCUGGAGAGGAGCUCCAGUGGACUACAAUUCCCAGCAUGCUCACACAUGAAGGGACACAUGGAAGGAGACAUAAAAUGAAGCAACAGCAAGUGCGUUUAUUUUGUUGUACUUUGGGCCUUUUUCUGCAUGUUCAGCUUGGUUGGACUCCCAUUGCAAUUCAGUCAAUCAGGAAAUGACGUGAUCUUCGGUGAACUGAAAGAUGUUCCGUGAAAGGAACUGAAUUUCAAUUCAUUUUUUGAACUGAUUGAGUUGAGAUUGCAUUUGCCUCAGCCUUGGUGUUCAGGGAAUCUUUAUUCUUAUGCACAUAACGUAAUGGCCAUUGGCCAUGAAAGCUCUUUCUGUUGUUAUUGAAGAGUGAUACUUUUCACUCCUCGUGCCAGUACUGCAGUAUUUAAUAUUUAAAUACUUCAGAUGGAAAUGUUUUUUAAAAUUGUAUUAAGAAUCAGAAUGUUUGUUCACGAGAUUAAAAAAAAAUACUUGCACAUUUACGGUAAUAUUUAAGCUGUGCUUAUUUAGUGAUUGUAGCCAGGUCAUAUGCAGAAGUAUAUUACAUUCAAUGUGUAAUAUUUGAGACCUUAUUUAAGGCUCCACAUCUCCAAUCACCAAUUCAGACAUUUUUAUUAAUUAAUUUGAACUGCCUUAAUUAACAAAAUAUCUGUGACUGCUUUGGAAAUGUAUCACAUUCACUUAUAUACUAGUACUUUCUGAUAUAAUUAAAGUUUUAUUUUUGUAAAUAAUGAUAAUGUUCAAAAAUAAUAAA